AUGCCACAAGUCAACCCAGAGGUGUUUCAUGCCAAAGUCUACGACAUCACCCGCCUCAUCCCCCACGGCCGAGUCACCUCCUACGGUCACAUAGCCAAGCUCACCGGUCACCCCUCACACUCCCGUUUGGUAGGCUCAGCACUCAAAUUCCUCCAAGACCCCACCGUACCAUGGCAUCGCGUAAUCAGCUCUUCUGGAGCCAUAGCUGACCGAGGAGACGGCGGAGACGCAGCAGCACGCCAAGCACAAUGCCUACAGGAAGAAGGUGUGACGAUCAUCCAUGGACGAGGAGAAGGCGUAACCAUCGACUUUGGACAUGCAAAUCCCAAUGCAAAGUACAAAGUGAACAUGGCUAGAUUCGGCUGGUUCCCUGACCAAGUGCAUUUAGAAGGAUACGAUGAGCAGGUUCAACGAGACAGAGAUCGACACAGGAGCGAGAGGAUGGAGGACAGACACGAUGGGUCGGAUUCAGAGUUGAGCGAGCUUACCAAUGAAGAAGAAUAG